ACAAAAAUGAAGACUGCCACCAAUAUCUAUAUUUUCAAUCUUGCAUUGGCAGAUGCCCUAGCAACAAGUACUCUGCCAUUCCAGAGUGUGAAUUACUUGAUGGGAACAUGGCCGUUUGGUACCAUCCUUUGUAAGAUUGUUAUAUCCAUAGACUACUACAACAUGUUCACCAGUAUCUUUACACUCUGCACCAUGAGUGUGGAUCGCUACAUAGCUGUUUGCCACCCAGUUAAGGCCCUUGAUUUCCGUACCCCCAGAAAUGCCAAAAUUGUCAAUGUCUGCAACUGGAUUCUUUCUUCUGCCAUUGGCCUGCCAGUUAUGUUCAUGGCAACUACUAAAUACAGGCAUGGCUCUAUUGACUGCACACUUACGUUCUCCCACCCUGCAUGGUACUGGGAGAACCUCCUGAAAAUCUGUGUAUUUAUCUUUGCCUUCAUCAUGCCAGUCCUGAUCAUUACCGUGUGCUAUGGGCUGAUGAUUUUACGCCUGAAGAGCGUUCGCAUGUUAUCUGGCUCCAAAGAGAAAGACAGGAACCUGCGGAGAAUCACGAGGAUGGUUCUUGUAGUGGUGGCAGUGUUUAUUGUCUGCUGGACUCCCAUCCACAUUUAUGUCAUCAUUAAAGCCCUAGUCAAUAUCCCAGAAACUACUUUCCAGACUGUCUCCUGGCACUUCUGUAUUGCUCUAGGGUAUACAAAUAGCUGCCUUAAUCCAGUCCUUUAUGCAUUUCUAGAUGAGAAUUUCAAAAGGUGUUUCAGAGAGUUUUGCAUCCCCACUUCAUCAACCAUAGAGCAGCAAAACUCCACCCGAGUCCGACAAAACACUCGUGACCAUGCUUCCACUGCCAACACUGUGGACAGGACUAACCAUCAGGUAUGACUAGCAGUGGAGAUGUCAUCUCUGGAUCCAGGCCUCCCACUUGGAGAUGACAUGCGUUCUGAAGUUACAGUUUAUACUGAUUUGUAG